UGAAAAACCUUUGUUGAGGUUCUGUUCCAACCACAUUGCCUGCCGUGCCGCCAAACAAACAAGCUUUGUUCGAAAACAAUCAAAAGAGCCCCUCUCCGCUUCUUUCAACCUGGGGAAGCACUCUCAUCAGCUCAGAUGAGCCAAUCAAUGGCGAAAUUGGAAUCUGGGUCCGGUCCCGAUGGUAUCAACAAAGCGUCUCAGAACAACGUGAUCUUUGUGGACACCAGCCUCGACACCCACUUGGCCUUGCUCGUCUCGGAUUCCGACACUGUUUCCGAUCUCAAAAAGAAAAUUCUUUAUGAACAUCCACUGUGCUUUCCUAGCAUUGGGAAGAUACAAAUUCAUGCCUUAAAGGUAAAGCGCAAAGGAAACUUUUAUCACUUAUCAGAUUCCAUGUAUGUAAAAAGUGCCUUUGAUGGGGUCAAAAAUAGUUGGUUUCUCUGUGUUGAUGCUUCUUGUUCAGUGGAGCAUGGCGAAAAUCAUAAUUCCUGUAUUCCUGCUUCUAAAAACAUGUUAGACUGUUCUGGCAUCAGGAAUAGUACUGCAUUUGAUAGGGUUGAUCUUCCUCAUGAUGGUCCUCACAAAAGGGGGGCAUCCAAUUAUGAUGAUUCAUCUCUGCCACUGGUUGGGAGCAACCAGAAUGCAAAAGAGAAUGUUCCCAUUGCUGACAAGUAUGGCUCAAGUGAUUCUGGUAAAGAAGUUUUAAAAGUAAAAGAUGCUCCAAUUCAUGGAUUUGGCGAAGAUACGUCACAACAAGUUAUUAUAGUCCCAGAAAGCUCUUUAAUUAAUGCAGGUAGAGAAGUUCCAUUUGAUAUGAGGAUGGGGAACAAAGAUAUUGCUGAUGAACCUUGCAGAAGCUCAUCUUCUAAUACUAGUAAGAGGUCAGUUUCUGAAAUAAAGAGGACUAAUAAUCUGAGCAAGGAGACUGAUGUUUUAGAGAAACAUGAUAAUUGCAUACUGGACAAAUUUAAGAAUGACGUUGAUGUGCAAUGCAAUAAGUCAUCGGAAGAAACUUCAAAAUCCAGAUCUUAUGCAAAGAGAAAGCGUAAAAUUGAAAAGAAAAGUGGAGAUCAAGAUUCUUUAAAAGAAAUGAGAGCUCUGACUUGUAAUUCUAAUAAAGAGAUCUCCAAGGCAGAGAGUGCAUCUCAGCACUCUGCAGGGAAUAAACAGAAGACAAAUGCCAUCUUAGACAGUAUUUCUACUGAGCCAGUGGAGGAUGCCCAUUUGUUAGAAACCAAUUCAAGCACUGGGAAGAGUAAGAAAAGGAGAAAGAAAUCUUCAAAUCCUCUUAUUCAAUUAGCUUCUGCACUUCCUGCUUCUGGGAAAGAUGUUGGAGAAGAGAAUUCUAGGGUCACUGUUGGAAUUAAGCACAAGGAUUCAAGUGGAGAACGUACUGCAGAAUCUUUUCCUAGACAAGGUGUCCAGGGCGCGACAACUUCUGAACUUCGUGGACUAUCUGUGGAGGAAAAGCAGAGUGAUUCAGUCCAUGAAGUGGGGGGAAAUGAUAAAUUAACCUCUUCUUUAGUGCAGAAGCAGAAGACAAACGCCACACUAGACAGCUUAGUUCCUGAAGCAUUCAAGAAUGUAUUGCUGGCAACUGACUCAAGCAACGGGAAGAAGAAAAGGAAAAAGAAAUCUUCAAAUCCCCUUAAUCGAGCAGUCACCUCUGUUCCUUCUUCUGAGAAAGAUGUUGAGGAAGAAAGUUCCAGGGUCACUGGGGGAAUUAACUGGAAGGAUUCAAGUAAAGAACCACAUGCAGCAUCUGUUCCUGGAAAGGGUGUUCAGGGUGUAAUGACUCCCGAAAUUCAUGGAAUCUACCAGAAGCAAAAGCAGUGUGAUUCCUUACAUGAAGCGGGGGAAAAUGACAAAGUGCCCUCUUCACUAGAUCUUGACAUGAGUGAAACUGGGGCGGGCAAUGUGAAAAGCAAAAAUAAUGCAUCUAAAGAAGAAGCGGCAGUUGGAGUAGCAAGAAUGAGAAACUCGAAGGAUAGUCAUUUUGCUGAUCUGAAAGGCCAUCAAGCUGUUGGGUUCAAAGAGCUUACUAAUCUCGAAAACAACAUUGAGCUUUCCAGGCCUGAGAAUGGUGUCCUUAAUGAUGAUGAUAAUUUUGAAUCCGAUCAGACUGAUAGAGUUGAAGAGGCAAGAGAAUCAUUACAUAAUAGAAAUUCUAAAAGAUUGCUGUCAAAAAAGUUCAAACUGCCCGUUCGGGUUGAAACAGACAUGGAUGCUAAAGAAGUAAUUGCCACUUCUAAAUUUUUGGAUGGUGCUGGACUUGUUGAGCAUAGGAAAUCUAGUAAGAAAGAAAAGAAGAAGAGAAAACCUGAGGAUUCAGUUGGAGGAACACCAACUAAAGCAGGUAUAGAGCUUGUUAAGAGUUCUGAACAGGACAUAUCUUCGGCAGAGCCUCAAACAAAGGGAAAGGAAAUAUCAAAAACAAAAACAGUUAGUACUUCUCUUUUGGCUACUGUUAGGGAAACUGGUGAUGUCAAUGGAGAUGAGAUGGAAUCCUUGCAGCAAAUCAGCAAAACUCAAGUAAAUGCAGAGAAUAUGGAUGAGAAAAUGAGAAAGAAAUCUAAGAAGAAACAAAAUUCUACUGCGAAGAACCUUCUGGAUUUGCAAAGAAAAGAUCAAGAUGUUUGUCAUAAAGAUUCCGCUGAUAAUCAAGGGGAGGUGGAAGCUUCAUCUAAAAUGACAAAUGAAAAGCAAGGGAGUGGAAAAAAAUCGCAAGUUGGCAACUAUAGCACCAUCCAGCUUCAAGGAGAUGAAUGUGCUGAGCACAUGCAUCACACUGAAAAGAAGCUUGUAAAAAUUUCUAGAAGUGAGGAUUUAGAUUUAGUUGGAGGAACACCAAUUAAAUCAGGUAUAGAGCAUGGUAAAAGUUCUAAACAAGAAAUAUUUUCAGCAGAGCCUCUUAAAACUGUAAAUAGUGAUCAUUCUAGUGAGAUUUCUAAGAAGGAAGAAAGCAUUUUUUCUCAAACAAAGGAAAAGGAAGUAUCAAAAACAAACACGGUAAGUAAAUCACUUUUGGCUACUGGUCGGGACGCUGGUGAUGUUUAUGGAGAUGAGGUGCAAUCCUUGCAGAAAAUCAGCAAAACUCGAGCAACCACAGAGAAUAUGGAUGAGAAAAUGAGAAAGAAAUCCAAGAAGAAACAAAAUUCUACUGCAAAGGACCUUUUGGAUGUGCAAACAAAAGCUCAAGAUGUUGAUCAUAAAGAUCCUACACCUUCAGCUGAUAAUCAAAGGGAGGUGGAAGCUUCAUCUAAAAUGACAAAUGAAAAGCAAGGGAGUGGAGGAAAAUCUCAAGCUGGCAACUCUAGCACCAUCCAACUGCAAGGAUCACUAUCAAAGGAUGAAUGUGCUGAGCACAUGCUUCACCCUGAAAAGAAGCUUCUAAAAGUUUCUAGAAGUGGGAUGAAAGCUCCACGAUCCACUAAGUCGGAUAAGUUCACUUCCAUUCCUGAAGAUGUGAGAAGGCGCAGUGUAGUCAAUGAUUCUGAGACCAGUAUCAAUUCAGAGAGAAAAAGUGAAGCUUUUGCUGUAUCAAAGUCUAACUUGGGAAAUUCUAAAAAUAUAGUUCACCAAAGUAAAUUAGUUAGUGAGAUUCAAUCAGGUGUUGGCCGGGGUGUUAGAAAAAAUUAUGUUAAUGACAUUGGGGAAGUUGUAAAUAACUCGGAACAAGACAAGAGCUUAUUAGCUAAAUCAGGAGCAAUUUUUAAGGAUGAUAGUAGUGGGAGUUCUGAAGACGAAGAUGGAAUGGUCAAUUCCGAUGCCAGCACCAGAACUCCAUCUGAUAAUUCAGUUUCAUCCAACUACUCUGAUGGGGAAAGCAAUGCAAAUCUGAACUCACCACAAAAUGGAUCUAAUGACUCAAAAAGAAAGAACCGCGGUCAAAGAAGCAUCACAAAAGCAUUCAGCUCUUCAGGUGAAAAGGGUAUGACAUUAGAUACAAUCCUUAGAAGUUCCAGAAGAUACAAGAGGGCUAAACUAACAGCUACUCAGUCACAGCAGGAGGACACUGAAAGCCAGCCUGUUCAUUUUGUUCCAGACACUCAGGCUGACCUGUAAUUGCUCUCUUGCUUGGAUCUCAUUGGCUUCUGUCUCUAGGAGUUCAGUUUUGUUGCAUCUUUUUCACUGUAGGCUGCGCAUGGCUCUAUAUACUAUUGAGAAAGAAUGGCAUUAGGCCAAGAAAAAAUCAAACAUCGGCUUGCAAGUUUGUUGAAAAACAUGUUUUUGUUUGGAAACACUUGCGUUUUUGCUUUUUGGUUGAAAAGUGUUUUAAUGUAAAAUAGUUUUAACUAUUUAAUGAAUCUUUUGUGUUUGAGAUUA